CAUUCCAUCAUCCUUACUCGCCUCGCCCUCCACCAAAAUCUAUUUAUUCCUAGGCUAUAAAGUAAGGAAAUAUCAAUGGCUCCCGACUUGAACUCACUCCCCCCUUCACGAUCAUCAACUACUUCUCCCUCCAUGUCUCGCACCACUCCAAUUCCAGCUGAACACCCCGCACAUACAAAUGUACGAGGUCAAAGUCCUUCUCCAUCACCGCGUUCUGCAUCCACCUCGCUUCAAGCUGCGGCUGCAGUUAAUGCAGGUCUUCAACAAGAAGAAAACACGAGACGUAUGUUUAUUUUCCUUGCCUUCAAAUAAUCAUAAUACGGAACGGCAGCUAAUUCUAGAGCAGGCUCUUCCACAAGCCGACAACGACAAGCAUCGACAGCAUCACACUCAGGCAGAAGACGAUCAACAGUUCUAAUGAACUUACAAAUGAAUGACCCAACUUUGCCACCUCAAGGAGAGAUUGUUAGUGAAAGUCAAAAUCGUACAGCUAGUCCUAUGUCAUUUACGGGCUCACCUAUCAAUGCAAGCGGUGAUCCUCAUCAUUUCCGCGCGCCUAGUCUUGGUGAAAUACAUCAAGAAUUGGAACAAGAACAGGAAGCUCAAGUGGUAAGCUACAAUUUUAUCCAGGGGUAUACUGAGGAAUUUAAGGUCACUAACUGAAUUUUUUUUCCCUGCAGAAUCGCCUUUUGCAUAUGAUUCGGACUCAACAACAACAACUUCAGCAAUUACAAGCUGCCAGUGGUCAAGCGCAAGGAUCUGCACCAGCCAUAGAUGAAUCUACUCCAACAUCUGAGCGAUCUCUUUCGUUCUCAACACAAAAUAUCCCUCCAAAUGUGACCUCAGCAAUGUCACUUCCUCGAUCACCCAUCACGGCGAUGCAUUCUCGAACUUCCUUCGAUGUUGCACGAGAAAAUCUUCAUCGGCGGUCCAGAACACCUAGUCGAACUGCAUCACCUAGAUUGAGAUCUUCAUCUAUAAGCAAUGAAGGUGGAGAAUCAUGGAAUUUGGGUGGUCGUGAUGAAAGUGCAUACUAUCAAGCAGAAACGCAGACGAUGAUUCGAGAGAAUCAAAUGUUACGUCAGAGAAUACGGGAAUUAGGUAUAUUAAGCUUUAUCAAACAUUGUAUUCACCUCUUCAUACUAAUUAAUGAUAUUUAGAGCGCCAAGUUAGUGAAUUACAUGCAAAUUCCUCCAUAACACACGAACCUGCCACAGCAUCCCAUCUAGUGUCGUCCACCUCUGUUUCUGAAGAAGCAGCACCACUUGCCGCACCAGCAGAUGAGCCAAAACAAGAUUGAAGCAUUAUAAAUACUUUCAACGAUUUAUUUUUAUGUUUGGGAAAGACUGUGGACUAGAGGCGCAACGAAUGGUUCCACAGAUCAAGAGUAUUCAAAUUGUAAACUCUAUAAAAUAUUGGCGUUGGUACGUUUAUGGGAUUGACAGCAAGGAAGCUGUAUGCGGUGCCAAAAGUGUAAGGGGAGGACAUUUCUUAUUCCUAGAAUUCUCAAUAACUCAGACCGUACUGAAUGCUAUUCUCUCGGGACUUUGAAUUUAUUUCGAAAGAUGGA